GAUACCUUAUCCCAAGAACAUUGCUUGUAGAAAUUUCCAUUGAAAUCUCUCCAUGAUCCGCCCUACCCACGCUUUAAUGGCAAUUCCCUUAAGCAAGCCGUUCAUGUAGAAGAAGACAGAAGGCCGCAGACGCUACAGGACGACCCACCAGCUACGCUCAUCAACAACCCUUAAAGAUGAUGAUUCUUCAGUAUCUUCAAUUUUGAGGGUUAGGGUUUUCUGCAACUCGAAGAUUUCCAUCAUUUUAUUCAAUUUCUUCUUCCAAUUCCUCCAAUGGCGGACCUCAAAGAGAUCUCAGAUGCGCUGAAGCUCGUUGAUUCCAAGACACAGAACUUGAAGAAAGCAUUUGAAGACCUUCAAGGUCACUCCCAUCUCCUCGAUUCCUUUUCCCUCUCUUGGUCCGACCUCGAAUCGCACUUCACUUCAAUCCAGAACUCUCUCACAAAGAAAUUCCACGAGCUUGAGUCUAUGCAGUUGGAAGUGAUUCAAAAUCAACCAGAGGAGAAGGAGCCGUGUUCUUCAUUGCGCGUGGAAGUGGGGAAUCGGGACGAGCCGGAUGGGAGUGCCGAUUGUGUGUCGCCUCGGUCCGAGAUGAAGCUUCUCUGUGAGCAAAUGGACGGAAAGGGGCUGGGUAGAUAUGUUAGUGAUUUGCCGAAGGAACGUGAAUCAGUCAGGGAUGAGCUCCCGGAUGCACUUAAGUGUGCGCCGGAUAUAGAAGCUCUGGUUCUGGAUGCAAUGGAGGGAUUCUUCCGUGCCAAUCCAAAACCGAAGCUACAUAACUUGAAAAUGUCCAAUGUGAGGAGAGGUUGUGUACUAUUGUUGGAGACCCUGAUGGAUGGUUUUCGAAAUGUAGACGAUCAUGUAACAGAAAGGGCGAAGAAACUGGCGCUGGAUUGGAAACAAAGUUUUGGUAAACAUGGGAAGGAUCCGUUAGAUGCAUUAGGGUUUUUGCAUUUGGUUGCAGCUUAUAAUUUGUCAUCGGAAUUUGAAGUGGGUGAGCUUGUUGAUUAUUUCAUUAUAAUUGCUCGGUAUCGGCAAGCUACAAAGUUGUGCAAAGUUGUUGGCUUGGGCGAUAAAGUAUAUGAUCUUGUUCAGAAACUGCUAGACAAGGGAAAGCAACUUUUAGCUGUCAAAUUCAUCUUUGAGUUUGAGUUGACGGACAGGUUCCCACCCAUUCCCAUCUUAAAAGAGUAUGUGAGGGAAUCCAAGAAGGCAGCCAAGGCAGUUUGCAGGGCAGGAAAAAACUCUCUCAGAGCACUGAACGAGUCUACCGCGAAAGAACUAGGUGCUUUAAAAUCUGUGGUCAAAUUUAUUGAAGAAUACAAGCUUGAUGAUGAUUAUCCACAAGUGAACCUUCAAAAGCGUAUUGAUCAACUCGAGAAGCAGAGAACCCACAGGAAGCGCCCUGCGGUAGCUUCUCCUAUUAUUGCCAGACAUAAACAGCCACACCAACCACUACAAGUGAAACAACGGUUCAAGAAACAGAAGUUGCCGCCAAAGAAGCAUAUGCGACGGCAGUUUCCAAUUAAUCACCUGCACAUGGCUGGUCCAGGUGGCUCUGCAGGAGUUCCAAAUAUUGUUGGUUUUGGGAAUCCAGCUUAUCCCCCAUACCGGCAAACACACUUACAUUCUGCAGGUUUGGUAGCUGAUCUUACUGCUCCUUAUCAACAAUCUCUUCUACAGCCAGCAGGUUUGUUGCCAAAUCAUCCUGUUUCAUAUGCACAAUCACAUCUACAGCCAGCAGGUGUGUUGCCAGAUCAAUCUGCUCCUUUUGAGAGCUCAUCUAUGGCUUAUAAUAUGGCUGUGGCAGCGUCCACUCCAGCUGGUGCCUCUUAUCAUGGCUCAUCAGCUGAGUAUUAUGGUUUGGCAGGAGGCCCCAUGGGUUUUCCUGGAAAUGCAUCCACCUCUAAUUCUCACGCAUACCCAACAGAACCAUAUGCACCACCUGGAUAUGGUGUGGGUGUGCCUCCACCCUACCACCAAUCUUACUAUCCCCAGUAGUUUUUAAAUUGUCUUAUGAUAAUAUACUUUUCGUAUCAUCUGACUAUGGUGGGAUAUAACAGGAACAUGGCAUCGACCAUCUUCCUAUCUUUAGUAGUACUAUCCAUGCCUUCGGUUUGUGUUUCUCAUGGUACGGUUGAAAUGUUAACUUUUUCCUGACUUUGGCACAGAGUGCCACUACCAUUAGAAGGCAAAUUUGUUCUUCUAGUCAUGGUUUCUGUAGGACUUGAAAUGAUCCAUUGAUCUUUUGUAUAGCCUGCUUCUUACGUUUUCGUGUCAUUUUUCUUUCAGAAACUUGCAUAUAGAAACGUGUGCUUGGGAAAGGGUGCUUUUGAUUA